AUGAAGAGUGCGCGUAGGUACUGCACUUUCAACAACUCCACAACAAAUGGUGUUGCUGUGUUGUACGAUGGCUACGCGACUUUUAAGGAGGAAGGCAACACCUUCACUUAUUCCUACGUAAACGGGGUCGGCAACUUGUCAACGAAUGGAGAUAAGGAAAACAUCCAGUGUGUUCCAUCAUCUACGUUUCCAUUUAACGCCAUCCUACCUGCACUGAACGAUGCGACGCCCAUUUCAAGUGCGUCAAUCGGCGACGAAGCGGUCGAGUGCGCGAGUGGAAACCUGUUUAAAACAACGUUUGCUGGAGUCCACUUUGCUAUCUGCGUGACAGGCGAGUCUGAAUUUAUUGCAUACAGCAGUGACUUCACGAUCGACGUCGAGUAUUUGGAGAAACCUGUAAAGAUUCCGAGGACAGAAGAAGCCACUUGUACUGCCGUGGCUACACUGACAUCUUUGACUCCAACAGCGUUAGCACUUAUAACUGGAGGGAUCAUCCCGACGUGUAUUAAUAACACGAGACUGCUCAAGGUUGCAGAGCACAUGUCGAUGGAAGCGUCUUCGUGUAAGUGUAAGUCUACGCCUCGUCCGUGCAUCUUCUUCCACGGAAUUGGCAACGCGCACAAAGAAAGCGGGCGGUAG